UGGACACAUAGGCGCUAUUAGAUGAAGGAUCCUCCGUCACGAUGAUCGACGAUGAGCUACGGAGGGAUCUGGGAGUGCAAGGCGAACGUCGACAACUGAACAUCCAAUGGUUUGGAGGAAGAGCAAGCAGGGAGCCUACCAACGUGGUGAGCCUGGAGAUCAGUGGAGCUGGGAAGCUCACUCGUCACCCGUUGAGGAACGUGUACGCCGUUUCGAGCCUGAGUCUGCCGAUGCAGACGUUAUGUCGACGAGAUGUCCAGGGCGUUCAUAAGGAUUCGCGACUGCCGAUGAAGCCUUACAGCAACGUGGUGCCGAAGUUGCUCAUCGGACUGGACCAUGGACAUUUGGGAUUGCCACUUAGGACGAAGCGGUUUGCCAGAGAGGGACCGUUCGUGGCCGCAACCGAGCUUGGAUGGGUUGUGUUUGGGCCAGUAAGUGGACAAUUAACUACGCCGUCACCGAGGUCCUGCCUUCUAGCCGUGUCAGUGGAGGACACGAUGGAAAAGAUGGUGGAGGACUACGUCGAGAUGGAAGGCUUUGGUGUGAAGCUCGCGCAACCGGUCGCAGCCAGCGACGACGCGCGGGCCCAAAGGAUCCUCGACGACACCACGGUGAAAGUGGGGCGUCGCGACCAGACGGGAUUGCUCUGGAAGGAGGACCACGCUGUGCUGCCACGGAGCUACGAGAUGGCACACAGACGGCUGAUCAACGUCGAGAAGUUGAAGCGCAACGGGCCGUUGGCGCUAGGAUACGUUCGGAUCAUCAAGGACGUGUCCAAAGGAUAUGCGAGGAAAUUGCAGCCGGAUGAGGUCGCGGUGAAGAGCGACAAGCUAUGGAAUUUGCCACGAUUCGGUGUCGAAACCCCGAACAAGCCCGGUGAGGUCCGGCUUGUGUUUAAUACUGCAGCCAAGGUUGGAGAUCGAUGUUCCCAACGAUUCCUUUGGAGAGAUGGUAACGACGAUCGAGACCCGGAUGUGUACGAGGUGAGCAAGAACUUCGUGGGAGCCGACAAGGAGGCCAGACGAUUUGGAGACGCGUUCGAGACGGAGAGGAUACAGAGGCGGAGUAUGGGAGCAGAUGGUGCAUUGCGUCAAGCGAGUGCUGCGCCAUACCCUGGAAGAAGUCGCGCCGAGGGACCAUGUGGAGUCCCACCAUGGAGUACCUGCCUACGCUUGUGCGCCGCGAGAAGUGGUGCCAGGGAACGGAGCCCAUCCGCCAGGGCGAUAUGGUCUUCGUCUGCGAUCCUGCCUUGCCCAGACGAGAGUGGCGCAAGGGCAUCGUGGAGGAGGUCUACAGCGGAGCCGAUGGAGAUGGAUGGAGCUAAUGGACUAUCUUGGACAAUGUUGCGGCCCGUCUCUAAACUUGGAGUUUGGAUUUGAGUGAAGCGGGUCUUCACGGGGUCGGGGAUGUCGACGGUCAAAAACAUUGUUAUCGAUAGUUAAGUCAGUAUUAUUAGGAAAUGUAGUAUUUUAAGUUGUCGGAAUUACGGGCCUACUAAUAGCGGUAGUGUGAAUGCCGCCAAAAAGUGCCAUUCAUUGUUUUGUUGAUUGUAGGAGGGCACACUGCGAAUAAAACGUUCCGUUAGCCACAGCCAAGGCCUUUGAAGUACCCCUUUCUUCGGACCUACGCGUGUGGGGAGCCGUUUAAGGCAACUCCACAUGACACAAAACAACAGCUUUUAUUCGCAGUCCUAGGGAGACUGCAAGCC